UAGAAUAUUAAUGAACAGGGUAUACAUCGCCAAGUCACUGGACUUUAAAAAUAACUGGACACUGACCUCUAUUUGCGUUAACUUCUUAAACUCUGCUAAAGUUUCAAAGCUGUAAUCAAUCUUUAGCCAUCGACACUUGACCAAGAAUAGUGGCCAGUGAAAGAACAAUGGACAAAAGCAUGCGUCCUCACGUUCCCUGCAAUGGCUGAGUGUCCUUCUUGGAUUACACUGAAGACACCAUUCACAGGGUUGUGCUGAACACCAAACACACAGACACAGCUGCAGAGAUCAUCCAAUUCUUUCCGGAGCGAAUGUCCUGUCUGAGGCGCCAGCCUGUGACCAUUCCAAUGGAUACUGUCAAGAUCAUCCAGUCGGAGAAAUUCCCACGGGAUUGUCCUGUUCCUGUGACCCAGCCCCGCUUUGCUCCUCCUCCCCGUGUGGCCUGGGAUGGAGGAGGUGAAGGUGAGGUCAUCGUCAACCAGGCCUGCAGUGACCUGUCCAUUGAGGUGAACGGUAACACCAUGGUCAACCCACGUCCUCUGGCAUCACCUCCAGCACCAGUCCUCCGUCGUGAAGCUAGCUAUUUAGCCCAACGUAAGGCUAGCAACAGCGAGAUAUGCUACCACCAAUUCCACUACAAGAUGGAUGACGUAAUCGUGAACCAGUACGUCCUGCGCUCUUCAUCCACCUCAUCCUCCUCGUCGUCUUCAACGUCUUCGGGCCCGGUGAUGCCAUGUGAGCCACUGGAUUGCCCGACUUGCGGGCACACGUACAACUUUGCAGGGAAGCGUCCAAGAAUCCUGUCCUGCCUGCACUCGGUGUGUGAGGAGUGCCUGCAGAUCCUGUACGAGUCCUGCCCCAAGUAUAAGUUCAUCUCGUGCCCCACGUGCCGCCGCGAGACCGUUCUCUUCACUGACUAUGGUUUGGCUGCGCUCGCCAUCAACACCAGCAUCCUGAGCCGCCUGCCAUCUGAGCCUGGAGGGGCCGUACAAUGGGGAGGAGAUGCCGAUCGCAGCUGCUACCAAACGGUGCGCCAGUACUGCCAAUCGGCCUGCACGUGCCACAUUGCUAACCCGCUCUCCACCUGCGGCAUCAUGUAGAUGCAGAUCUAAAAUAGCCCACCAAGUGGUGCUGUUCGAGCCAAAUCCAAGAAACCACGAAACCACAAAACCAGUGACCCCACUAUUCCAAAAAAAAAAGCUCGCCAUCUUACCCUGCCAAUGCACAUAUUAUCUAUAGGUCUAUUUAGCGCAGACGGUUGCUGUCUGGACUUUAAAGAAGUGAAAGAGACACUUGUGCAAGGAGCCAAGAGAAAUGUUAUAUCAGAGUAAAUGUAUUUUAUGUAUGAACUGAUUGAUCCCUUUUCCCUCCAAGUUCCUGUUUAUCUUGUUUGGAUGUGUUUGUCAUUGACAUCUCUUCACAUGGGAAUGCCAAGGAGACUUUGUCUCCCCCUCUC